AUGGACCACGAGAACGACCCUCUCGGCAAUGAAUAUCCCGAGUGGACGUGCAUAUGUUUCGUCUGUCUAGAGCAAUUCCCGCCGCAAGCGGUUACCACCUUAUCGUGUGGUACCCAUAUCGGGUGCGGACCAUGUCUCAAGGACAUGUUUGCGGCAGCCUUGAAGUCCGAAAUUUCAUACCCACCCUCAUGCUGCUUCUCGCAGCCCAGCAUUCCGCUUUCUGCGGUCGAGCAUGUGCUUGAGACCAGUUUCAUUGAAGAGUACAAAACCAAGCAGAUAGAGUACGCGACCGACCCGAAAUCACGCAUCUAUUGCGCGAAUCCUCGGUGCUCGACGUUCCUGCUCCAAGAACCUGGACAAGAAGGCCCUGCAAAGACCAACAUCGACUGCGUCAAGUGCGGCGCCAUCACCUGCACGGGCUGCAAGGAGGUUAUCACUGUGGAUGAAGAGCACUCAUGCAAAGACAAAAUUCAAAAUCUCGGCUACGACAAGGAUAACCGUUCCAAGCCCUGUCCAUACUGCAGAACCUCCGUAGAGCUCACAGAUGCUUGCAAUCACCUCCGUUGCUCCGUCUGCCGAUACGAGUUCUGCUUCGUAUGCCUCCAGUGGCAGUAUCCGCCCGGUGGCAUCGUCCACGAUUGCCCGCCAUACGGGGAUCCGGACUACGACGAAAACGGCUAUGAUGAACGGGGUUUCCACCGCGACACUGGCCUUGACCGCGAAGGAUACGACUUAGCUGGCUACAACGCCGACCAUGUCAGCCGUAAGGGCGAACGGAGGGCAGUGAUUCCGGUGCCCGGUUCUCUUGUUGAGCUUCAGGAUGCAGGAAACGACGGCUGGGGACCUGAACGCAACUUGGAUGAUGAGGCGAAUGCGGAUUGGAACCAAGGCGAUGGAGGGCAGUGGGACCAAGGUGUUGCACAGCAGUGGGAUCAUGGCGACGAAGAGCCGGCUGAGGACCGGGAUGAAGAAGAAGCUCGCGCAGCUGGACUUGAUGAUGACGAUUUCGAGGAGGACCGAAUCGUGCACGGAAUACGUGCCUUGGAGCUCGAUGUCACAGCCAACGGUGCGGACUACGAACGCGACUGGGAGAUAGAGAGUGAUGGUCACCCGGCAGAUCAAGCAGCGGAAUAUCAAGCGACAGAAGAAGAUCAAGCGACGGAAAAUCAAGCAACAGAACAGACGGACAGAUGGUGA